UUUUGAAAAUGAUGUCGUGAUUGUCAACUUACUGGAUAUAUAGAAAGAUCAAGUCAUGGAGAUAUCAAAGUACUGGUUGAUGUUAUUGCUGUGUACAUGGCUCGGGGAAACACUUGUCACUGCGUGCCCCAAAGGGUGCAUUUGCCAACAUUACAAUGUGGACUGCAGGGGACAGAACCUAACCGAAAUUCCAACUGAUAUCCCCAUAAGUACCCGCAUAUUGCAUAUCGAGGGAAACAGAAUUAGGGAACUUACCGAGGAGAGUUUCCAAAACCUAGAAAACUUAGAUAUAUUGGGCUUGGGGGGAAACGAGAUUAUGACAUUGAAGAAAUCGCCGUUUCAAAAGUUAAUAAAAUUGACUCAUCUAUAUUUAGACAAUAAUUUGCUCACAGGAGAUGAUUUUAAAUCUGCGACAUUCAUGGGGCUUGAUGCUCUUGUAGUCAUGAAUUUGAGCCACAACCCUAUAGCAACAUUAAAUGAUGGCUCAUUUCAGUUCGAAUAUUUAACCAGUCUCCAAACUUUAGACUUAAGCUACAAUGACUUACAACAUAUAAGCCCAAAUGCAUUUACUGAUAUUCACCAGUUGACAACAUUAUAUCUGAACGAUAAUCAUCUCGAUGAUAUCACUCACAUAUUUAAAGGACUCAAAAAGCUACAAACGUUAAAUUGCUCGAGUAACCAAAUCACGAUGAUAGGCAAAGGGGAUAUGUAUGACUUGAGAGAUCUUCAAUUCUUCGACAUUGGAACUAAUAAACUGUCAGUUAUUGAAGAGGAUGCUUUCAGCGAGCUUCAAAAGUUAACAUUUCUUGAUUUACGCGAGAAUAGAUUGACAACUGUCCCUACAGACAACUUGAAGUAUCUAUCAAGUCUGGUUAUACUGGACCUAGACACCAAUCCGAUAAAAGAAAUAACCACGGGAGCUGUUCCGAUACCUUCUCUUGAAGACCUAUUCAUAAACAAUAUGCCAGUGCUAUCCACGAUCAAAAACGGUUCAUUCGCACAACUUAAAAACCUCCAACGGGCAUUUAUUGCCAAUAACCCCAAACUAUCCAAUAUCCAUCCAAGUGCGUUCAAUGUUACUCCAAGUAAGGACUCGGCAAUGUCAACCAUUGACCUCCGGAAUAAUUCAUUGCGUACUCUUGACAAGACAUUGCUGAAUUGGAACUCAAUGCACGAGAUACAAGUGGGAGCGAAUCCAUGGAAUUGUGAUUGCAAUAUUGAAUGGAUGAUUGAGUCUCUCCCAGAUGACCAGAGUCAUUUCCAAUACGAUCUUAAAUGCGACGCACCGAAGAGGCUACUAGGACAAUUGGUACAGUCCUUGGAGAGUGAGGACUUUAUUUGCCCAGUUGCCCCAAUCACCGCCUACAUGGGCGGGAUGAUCACAAGUAUUGUAGUCAUAUCAAUCGUAGCACUUGUUGCUAUAGUAGGAUUCAUUAUCUUUAAAUGUCGGUAUCGGUUUAAAUGUUGCUUUACCCGUCCCGGGGAUUAUCAUCGAGUCAUGUACGACAUUUAUGAUGCCAUGGAACCGGAGGGGGUCAUCGUUACACCAGCAUCCGAAUACAAGGAUAAGAUAAUCGCAAAAAAUGAACGAAAAAGCCUGAAAGAUGCCGUGGAAGUUUAAAGGAUUUAAAAUACAUGAUACGAUGUCCAAUGGAUGAUGUCCAGUUGUCAACAGAUGUAAAUGAACGAAUUUCCUUUGAGAAUUGAUUUGAAUAAAGUUUACCAAAAUAGCAAAGUGAAAAUGUUGAAAUUUGACUCGUAGAAAUCAACAUUUUGUGGAGGAAGGUUUAUCACAACAAAAUCAGCUUCGUAACAACACUCGCGCCUGAUCGAAUGCCUUUGAGUGCACAUGAAGAUACACGACUUUUCACUUUUGUUCAUGCAGUACGUGCUCUUAAUAUUUUGAAAAACAAUUGUGAUUCACAAUCAACUAUCGCAUUAUUGCAAGCUAAGAGCAUAAGCUUGUGUAAUAUCACAGUAUAAUUUGGAACAUCAUUUUUCAGUAAUUAUUACUCACUCAGCAGAGCCUUACAACAAACUAUUAUAUUUUCCUAAUGUAAUAUUUCAAUAAAACUAAUCUUUUG